AUGUCUCUGAAGCAAGAAAUCAAGUUAAAUCUCAAAGAAUCACAGGCCUAGCUAGAUUUAGAUGUUCUUAAUAUAAAAAAAGUUAUCAACAAAUUUAAUAACAUUCUACAACGAACUAAAUUUUAGCAUUAGGAGGAAGUUGCUUUAAUAAAGAGAAAUCACUAUAAAGAAUUAGACAUGCUAAAUAAAAAUGAUCAGGCCUUGGAACUGGUCAUUUAAAAUCUUAAGAAAUAGCAUGAUUAAGAAUUGAAGUUAAUAAAGAAUGAAUUGAUGGGUCUCCAAAAAAUGAAGACUCUAGAGCACUCGAAUGAAAAAUCAAAGCAUGAAAACCAAAUCUAUGACUUAAUAUUUAAGCAGAUCAAUGAAAUGAAACUUAAGGAAAGAAUUUGCAAUGAAAGAAUAUAAGAGACAGCUGAAAAAACAAGACACGAGCUUAAGACCUAGGCUACUCAUUAUGAGAGACAAAUAACAGAGUUAAAGAAUAAACAAUCAGAUGAUAUUAUCAAUUAAAGGAUGAGAUUUACUUAAUCCCUGAAGGAUGCAGAGGAUAAUCUAAAGGUAAAAAUGGAAAAUCUUAGAGAAUAUCACUUACAAAUUAAGAAUUCACUUGAAAAGAAAUACAAUUAGCUUCUGAAAGAAAAAGAGGAGGAAUUAGUAUAGAUGACUGAAUAGCGAGAUAGCUAUAAAAAGGCGAAGCAUGACACCACAAAUGAUCUACAUGAAAUUAGGGAGAAAUAAUUGGAAGAGUUUUAUAAAUACUAAGAGAUAAAGAAAACAAAUAUAAAUUUAGCUGAUUAAAACAAAGAUUUAAGAAGACUUUACUUUGAGUUAAGAGGGAAAAUAUUCGGGAACGCAAUUAAGAAUGCUGCAAAUAAAAGAAUAAAGCAAGUAUUUAUUGAGAUGAAUAAGAUAUACUACUAAAAAAAGCUUUUGAAAUACACUGGUAAGAAACGAGAGCUUGUAGAUGAGAUUGAAGAUCUAUAGAGUGAAAUCAAAGAUAUGAAGUAAGAUCAUGAAAAGCAGGCUAAGAACUUUGACUAAUAAGACAUAAUGAUUGCGAAUUAGCAAUUAAACAUUUAGAGUUUGAAGGAUGAAAUAAAUAGCCUUCAAAAUCUAAAUGAUAACUAGAAGGAACAACUAAUUAUAUUGACUAAGAAGAAUGACCAAAUGCGAUCGGAAUUAGAGUAUUAACAGAAAUUAAAUACUUAGGUCUAGUUUGGUAUUAAUUUCCUAAAGAACAAUGAUAUAGAAUCAGGAUAGAACAAUAGCAGUAAUGAGACAUCGCGGCCAAUGUCAAGUUUUUCUAAGUUUGCUAGGCAAUCAAUAAAUCAUUAAAAUAUCAACAUGCAGCAGCUCUAAUAAUUAUAACCUUUGUCAAGACCAAUGACUGAGAGAACUUUGGAUAAAUUAACUAAGCCAAUGUAUCUAAAUCUUCAGUAGAUAAGAGAAGAAACAAAUAUCUCCCCAUUGCUACUAACUAGAAGGGUUUUAUAGAAAUCUUAGAAUCUGAAAAAAGAAGCUGAUAACACUCUUGAUAGGCCAAAAUCUGAGUAAAUGUUUAACAGAAAGAAAAAGCUAUCGAAGAAAAAUGUUAAAGAAUAUGACCCAUUUGCUAUAAGCCUAGAUAUAGGCGAAAAUAAUCAGGAAGUAGGACAAAGAUACAGCAAAAUAUUUCAUGAUUUAAGUUAGACUAUCAGAGAUAGCAAUAACAAAUUUAUUAAAACUGGAAGAGGUGUUAUGUCUUUAAAGGACUGUUUAACUCACAGAAUCAUAGUCCCAGAUAUUUGA